GCCAUGCUUGGAGGGAAGGAGAGCGGUUAAUUUAAUUCCAGUUGGUGGUAGCUUGACGAUGAAGACGUGCGCAGAUUGAAAGAAUCUGCUUUGAGAGAAGUGGGCUUAGGUUUAGACACAGAGAACAGAGAGAGAGAGAGAGAGAAAGGGCGAGAAGGAAGAAGAAGCGAUGCAGUUCCAAGGAGAGUGAUUGAUCCUUUAUUCAUCCUCCAAUGUCCAAGAUGAAGCAUCUGCUGCGCAAACUCCACAUCGGAGGAGCCGUUAACGAACAUCAAAGAUUAGGCGAAAAUCGUCCUUCCAAUAAUUCUUCUUCUUCUUCCUCUUCAUCUUCGUCUUCUUCGACGUCGGCGUCGGCGUCGGUUCCUCCACUGUCUUCAUCGACGCCUUCUACAUUAGCUAGGAACAGAGUGGUCGAUGCAUCUGAUAGGGCAACUGCUGGAGCCGUUCCGACAGCUGCGUCAUCGGAUAGUUCUGCUGAUUUUAGUUUUUUCGAAGAGGAGUUUCAGGUUCAACUUGCUUUGGCGAUCAGUGUUUCUGAUCCUGAUGGUCGUGAGGACCCGGAGGCUGUCCAGAUCAAGGCCGCGAAGCGGAUGAGUCUGGGUUGUUCACCUUCUGUCUCGGCUGAUGAAACCCUUGUCGAGUAUCUAUCUCUUCGGUACUGGAACUUCAAUGUUGUAAAUUACGAUGAAAGAGUGAUGGAUGGAUUUUAUGAUGUCUAUGGCAUUACCUCAAACUCAAACAUGGAGGGGAAAAUGCCAAUGUUGGUAGACCUUCAAGCAACAUCCACUUCUGAUAAUGUUGAUUACGAAGUGAUCUUAGUAAAUCGAAGUGCUGAUCCUACACUGCGUCAGCUCGAGAGAAGAGCAGUUAAUCUAGACUCGGAAUGCCGAACUGCAGAGCUCGGUCCUAUUUUAAGUGGUCUAGUCCAGAAGAUUGCAGAUCUUGUUGUUGGUUGCAUGGGUGGGCCAGUCGCGGAUGCUGAUGAAAUGUUAAGACGGUGGAAAGUUAGGAGUUACGAAUUAAGAAAUUCUUUGAACACAAUUAUUCUUCCCCUUGGUUGCUUGGAUGUUGGACUUUCUCGUCACAGGGCAUUGCUCUUUAAGGUACUAGCUGAUCGGAUCAAUCUUCCAUGUAGGCUGGUGAAAGGGAGCUACUACACUGGUACAGAUGAUGGAGCAGUAAAUUUGAUUAAAAUUGAUCGUAACAGUGAGUACAUAAUAGAUUUAAUGGGAGCUCCAGGGACCCUAAUUCCUGCAGAAAUACCUAAUAAUUGUCUUCCAAAUUCUGGAUUAGAUGUAAGGGGCUCUGUUAACAUUGCACAGAAUGUGGAGGAUUCAUGUUUUGCCCUUGACAAGGGCAAUUGUCAAAUUGAAAAUCAAACAACUACAUUUGGGGGACUUCCAUCCCACCUAGAUCAUGUUUCUCAAGGUAGUUAUUUGGGUUCCAAUGAAGCGUCAGAUAUUGGCAGUCAAACAAAGAAGAAUGAUGCAAAUAUGUCUGAAAAAAAUCAAACUGAGAGAUUUGAGUAUGAAUUUGGAAAACUUCUUCCAUCUUUGCAUAGACCACAUGAAAGUUCAUCUGGCACUGGUGGAAAAGCUUCAUCUGUCCAAAACGUAAAAGUUACAGAUGUUUCUAAAUAUGUGAUUAGUGCGGCACAGGACCCAGAAUUUGCACAGAAACUUCAUGCUGUCUUGCUAGAGAGUGGUGCGUCACCUCCACCGGAUUUGUUUUCUGAUAUAACUCCCACUGCCCCGGAAGAACAUACCAUGUUUGGUCAAAGCCAGGUUGUGGAUGCCAACAAGAUUGCUGGUGGGGCUAAAUUUUGUCAUGAUAAAUUUUGCUUUAGCAUUGACUCAGUAAGUCAAGAUAAACAACCAACUUUGACAGGGGAGAUGGCAAGAAAAAAGAAAGAGAAUGCAACCGAUUUGGGUAACCUUAAAGAUGAGAAACCAAUUCUGACUUCAAUGGAUAAACUGGGAUUUGCCAGCUCAGAUCUUCAUUGCGUUGUUGGCAAAAACAUAAUUGGCACUGGUGUUUGUUCAGCUUCUGUGGCUUCAGGUGAGGAGUUUAUGUUGGUUAACAAUGCAGUUAAUGAAAUGACUCUGGAUGGUUCCCCGGUUGUAGGCUUGCUUCCUGUACUUAGUUCAUCAUUAGCAAGAACUGCAUGUGAAGAAAAAAUUCAGGACUGUCUUGCGCCAUGUGCAGUUGGCUCUUAUCAAAAGCAACUUGAAAAUGUUUUCGCUGGGGAUGAGGUGAGUUCUCAAGGAAAUGCAGGAGCAGUUGCAAAUAAUGUGGAGACUAUGCAAAACAAUUUUUUGCAAGAAUUUCAACCAAGUGCCAAAGGAUUGAUUGAACCAGCCGAUAAAAACCCACAAUUUGCUGGUGGUUUUCAUGGUCAGAAAAGUAAUCCAAUACUUGAUGAGGUUGCAGAAUGGGAGAUUCCAUGGGAUGAUCUUCAGAUUGGUGAACGAAUUGGUCUUGGUUCAUAUGGGGAGGUGUAUCAUGCAGACUGGCAUGGCACUGAAGUUGCUGUGAAAAAGUUCUUGGACCAAGAUUUCUCAGGUGAUGCAUUGGCGCAAUUCAGAUGUGAAGUUAAGAUCAUGCUAAGGCUGCGGCAUCCAAAUGUUGUUCUUUUUAUGGGGGCAGUUACUCGCCCUCCAAAUUUGUCAAUACUGACAGAGUUUCUUCCUAGGGGGAGUUUAUAUAGGUUAUUGCAUCGGCCCAAUGUUCAACUUGAUGAAAAGCGACGAUUGCGAAUGGCUCUGGAUGUGGCAAAGGGAAUGAAUUACUUGCACACUAGCCAUCCUACCAUUGUACAUCGAGAUCUGAAGUCCCCUAAUCUUCUUGUUGAUAAAAACUGGGUUGUAAAGGUCUGUGAUUUUGGGUUGUCACGUUUGAAACACCACACAUUUUUGUCUUCAAAAUCUACUGCUGGAACGCCAGAAUGGAUGGCACCAGAAGUUCUCAGAAAUGAACCAUCCAAUGAGAAGUGUGAUGUUUAUAGUUUCGGUGUGAUCUUGUGGGAGUUGGCUACUUUACGUAUGCCAUGGGGCGGAAUGAAUCCAAUGCAGGUAGUUGGAGCCGUUGGGUUCCAAAAUAGACGCCUUGAGAUACCUGAAGAGGUUGAUCCAACUGUGGGGCAAAUCAUUAGUGAUUGUUGGCAGAGUGAGCCGAACCUGCGGCCUUCUUUUGCUCAGCUUAUGUCCCGUCUCAAGUGUCUUCAGCACCUAUUAGUUGAAAAAUCAUAGGCAUGGAACUCAAAUUAAAGGGCAAGCUCCAUACAGGGGUAGCACCAUUGCAUUCUAGUACAACUUUUGCCGAUGCUCAAAGAGCUGGGGCAGCAGAACUCUAGUUGCAGAUAUCAUUUGAAUCAAACACAUACUUAUAGUCACCCAUUAUUAAGGGCGGGAAACGGGAAAAUCAUAGGACUGAAUUGGGGCUGUUGGUUCAUUCAAAGUGGGGACCAAUACCCAACCAAGCAAGGAAAUUCAGUCGUGUCUUGUGGG